AUGGGGCCACAAACAUUACAGAUGAUGAAACCGACUACACACCACAGAAAUGAGGAAACCGACUACACAUCACAGAAGUCUGAAAGGCCAAAAGAUGUCACACUAACACAUGGGGCCACAAACAUUACAGAUGAGGAAACCGACUACACAUCACAGAAGUCUGAAAGACCAAAAGAUGUCACACUAACACAUGGGGCCACAAACAUUACAGAUGAUGAAACCGACUACACACCACAGAAGUCUGAAAGACCAAAAGAUGUCACACUAACACAUGGGGCCACAAACAUUACAGUCGAGAAAACCGACUACACAUCACAGAAGUCUGAAAGACCAAAAGAUGUCACACUAACACAUGGGGCCACAAACAUUACAGAUGAGGAAACUGACUACGCACCACAGAAGUCUGAAGGACCAAAAUAUGUCACACUAACACAUGGGGCCACCAACAUUAGAGAUGAGGAAACCGACUACACAUCACAGAAGUCUGAAAGACCAAAAGAUUUCACACUAACACAUGGGGCCACUAACAUUACAGAUGAGGAAACCGACUACACUUCAUGGAAGUCUGAAAGACCAAAAGAUGUGACACUCACACAUGGGGCUACAAACAUUACAGAUGAGGAAACUGACUACACACCACAGAAGUCUGGAAGACCAAAAGAUGUCACACUAACACAUGGGGCCACAAACAUUACAGAUGAGGAAACCGACUACACAUCACAGAAGUCUGAAAGACCAAAAGAUGUCACACUAACACAUGGGGCCACAAACAUUACAGAUGAGGAAACCGACUACACAUCACAGAAGUCUGAAAGACCAAAAGAUGUCACACUAACACAUGGGGCCACAAACAUUACAGAUGAGGAAACUGACUACACAUCACAGAAGUCUGAAAGACCAAAAGAUGUCACACGAACACAUGAGGCCACAAACAUUACAAAUGAGGAAACCGACUACACAUCACAGAAGUCUGAAAGACCAAAAGAUGUUACACUGACACAUGGGGCCACAAACAUUACAGAUGAGGAAACCGACUACACAUCACAGAAGUCUGAAAGACCAAAAGAUGUCACACUAACACAUGGGGCCACAAACAUUACAGAUGAGGAAACUGACUACACACCACAGAAGCCUGAAAGACCAAAAGAUGUCACACUAACACAUGGGGCCACAAACAUUAAAGAUGAUGAAACCGACUACACACCACAAAAGUCUGAAAGACCAAAAGAUGUCACACUAACACAUGGGGCCACAAACAUUACAGUCGAGAAAACCGACUACACAUCACAGAAGUCUGAAAGACAAAAAGAUGUCACACUAACACAUGGGGCCACAAACAUUACAGAUGAGGAAACUGACUACGCACCACAGAAGUCUGAAGGACCAAAAUAUGUCACACUAACACAUGGGGCCACAAACAUUACAGAUGAGGAAACCGACUACACAUCACAGAAGUCUGAAAGACCAAAAGAUGUCACACGAACACAUGGGGCCACAAACAUUACAGAUGAGGAAACCGACUACACAUCACAGAAGUCUGAAAGACCAAAAGAUGUCACACGAACACAUGGGGCCACAAACAUUACAAAUGAGGAAACCGACUACACAUCACAGAAGUCUGAAAGACCAAAAGAUGUCACACUAACACAUGGGGCCACAAACAUUACAGAUGAGGAAACUGACUACACAUCACAGAAGUCUGAAGGACCAAAAGAUGUCACACUAACACAUGAGGCCACAAACAUUACAAAUGAGGAAACCGACUACACAUCACAGAAGUCUGAAAGACCAAAAGAUGUCACACUAACACAUGGGGCCACAAACAUUACAGAUGAGGAAACUGACUACGCACCACAGAAGUCUGAAGGACCAAAAUAUGUCACACUAACACAUGGGGCCACCAACAUUAGAGAUGAGGAAACCGACUACACAUCACAGAAGUCUGAAAGACCAAAAGAUGUCACACUAACACAUGGGGCCACAAACAUUACAGAUGAGGAAACCGACUACACAUCACAGAAGUCUGAAAGACCAAAAGAUGUCACACUAACACAUGGGGCCACAAACAUUACAGAUGAGGGAACUGACUACACAUCACAGAAGUCUGAAAGACCAAAAGAUAUCACACUAACACAUGGGGCCACAAACAUUACAGAUGAGGAAACCGAAUACACAUCACAGAAGUCUGAAAGACCAAAAGAUGUCACACUAACACAUGGGGCCACAAACAUUACAGAUGAGGAAACCGACUACACAUCACAGAAGUCUGAAAGACCAAAAGAUGUCACACUAACACAUGGGGCCACAAACAUUACAGAUGAGGAAACCGACUACACAUCACAGAAGUCUGAAAGACCAAAAGAUGUCAUACUAACACAUGGGGCCACAAACAUUACAGAUGAGGAAACCGACUACACAUCACAGAAGUCUGAAAGACCAAAAGAUGUCACACUAACACAUGGGGCCACAAACAUUACAGAUGAGGAAACCGACUACACAUCACAGAAGUCUGAAAGACCAAAAGAUGUCACACUAACACAUGGGGCCACAAACAUUACAGAUGAGGAAACUGACUACACACCACAGAAGUCUGAAAGACCAAAAGAUGUCACACUAACACAUGGGGCCACAAACAUUACAGAUGAGGAAACCGACUACACAUCACAGAAGUCUGAAAGACCAAAAGAUGUCACACUAACACAUGGGGCCACAAACAUUACAGAUGAGGAAACCGACUACACAUCACAGAAGUCUGAAAGACCAAAAGAUGUCACACUAACACAUGGGGCCACAAACAUUACAGAUGAGGAAACCGACUACACAUCACAGAAGUCUGAAAGACCAAAAGAUGUCACACUAACACAUGGGGCCACAAACAUUACAGAUGAGGAAACCGACUACACAUCACAGAAGUCUGAAAGACCAAAAGAUGUCACACUAACACAUGGGGCCACAAACAUUACAGAUGAGGAAACCGACUACACAUCACAGAAGUCUGAAAGACCAAAAGAUGUCACACUAACACAUGGGGCCACAAACAUUACAGAUCAGGAAACUGACUACACAUCACAGAAGUCUGAAAGACCAAAAGAUGUCACACUAACACAUGGGGCCACAAACAUUACAGAUGAGGAAACCGACUACACAUCACAGAAGUCUGAAAGACCAAAAGAUGUCACACUAACACAUGGGGCCACAAACAUUACAGAUGAGGAAACCGACUACACAUCACAGAAGUCUGAAAGACCAAAAGAUGUCACACUAACACAUGGGGCCACAAACAUUACAGAUGAGGAAACCGACUACACAUCACAGAAGUCUGAAAGACCAAAAGAUGUCACACUAACACAUGGGGCCACAAACAUUACAGAUGAGGAAACCGACUACACAUCACAGAAGUCUGAAAGACCAAAAGAUGUCACACUAACACAUGGGGCCACAAACAUUACAGAUGAGGAAACCGACUACACAUCACAGAAGUCUGAAAGACCAAAAGAUGUCACACUAACACAUGGGGCCACAAACAUUACAAAUGAGGAAACCGACUACACAUCACAGAAGUCUGAAAGACCAAAAGAUGUCACACUAACACAUGGGGCCACAAACAUUACAGAUGAGGAAACCGACUACACAUCACAGAAGUCUGAAAGACCAAAAGAUGUCACACUAACACAUGGGGCCACAAACAUUACAGAUGAGGAAACCGGCUACACAUCACAGAAGUCUGAAAGACCAAAAGAUGUCACACUAACACAUGGGGCCACAAACAUUACAGAUGAGGAAACCGACUACACAUCACAGAAGUCUGAAAGACCAAAAGAUGUCACACUAACACAUGGGGCCACAAACAUUACAGAUGAGGAAACCGACUACACAUCACAGAAGUCUGAAAGACCAAAAGAUGUCACACUAACACAUGGGGCCACAAACAUUACAGAUGAGGAAACCGACUACACAUCACAGAAGUCUGAAAGACCAAAAGAUGUCACACUAACACAUGGGGCCACAAACAUUACAGAUGAGGAAACCGACUACACAUCACAGAAGUCUGAAAGACCAAAAGAUGUCACACUAACACAUGGGGCCACAAACAUUACAGAUGAGGAAACUGACUACACACCACAGAAGUCUGAAAGACCAAAAGAUGUCACACUAACACAUGGGGCCACAAACAUUACAGAUGAUGAAACCGACUACACACCACAGAAGUCUGAAAGACCAAAAGAUGUCACACUAACACAUGGGGCCACAAACAUUGCAGUCGAGAAAACCGACUACACAUCACAGAAGUCUGAAAGACCAAAAGAUGUCACACGAACACAUGGGGCCACAAACAUUACAGAUGAGGAAACCGACUACACAUCACAGAAGUCUGAAAGACCAAAAGAUGUCACACGAACACAUGGGGCCACAAACAUUACAAAUGAGGAAACCGACUACACAUCACAGAAGUCUGAAAGACCAAAAGAUGUCACACUAACACAUGGGGCCACAAACAUUACAGAUGAGGAAACUGACUACACAUCACAGAAGUCUGAAAGACCAAAAGAUGUCACACUAACACAUGAGGCCACAAACAUUACAAAUGAGGAAACCGACUACACAUCACAGAAGUCUGAAAGACCAAAAGAUGUCACACUAACACAUGGGGCCACAAACAUUACAGAUGAGGAAACUGACUACGCACCACAGAAGUCUGAAGGACCAAAAUAUGUCACACUAACACAUGGGGCCACCAACAUUAGAGAUGAGGAAACCGACUACACAUCACAGAAGUCUGAAAGACCAAAAGAUGUCACACUAACACAUGGGGCCACAAACAUUACAGAUGAGGAAACCGACUACACAUCACAGAAGUCUGAAAGACCAAAAGAUGUCACACUAACACAUGGGGCCACAAACAUUACAGAUGAGGAAACUGACUACACAUCACAAAAGUCUGAAAGACCAAAAGAUAAGUCUGAAGGACCAAAAGAUGUCACACGAACACAUGGGGCCACAAACAUUACAAAUGAGGAAACCGACUACACAUCACAGAAGUCUGAAAGACCAAAAGAUGUCACACGAACACAUGGGGCCACAAACAUUACAGAUGAGGAAACCGACUACACAUCACAGAAGUCUGAAAGACCAAAAGAUGUCACACUAACACAUGGGGCCACAAACAUUACAGAUGAGGAAACCGACUACACAUCACAGAAGUCUGAAAGACCAAAAGAUGUCACACUAACACAUGGGGCCACAAACAUUACAGAUGAGGAAACUGACUACACAUCACAGAAGUCUGAAAGACCAAAAGAUGUCACACUAACACAUGAGGCCACAAACUUUACAAAUGAGGAAACCGACUACACAUCACAGAAGUCUGAAAGACCAAAAGGUGUUACACUAACACAUGGGGCCACAAACAUUACAGAUGAGGAAACCGACUACACAUCACAGAAGUCUGAAAGACCAAAAGAUGUCACACUAACACAUGGGGCCACAAACAUUACAGAUGAGGAAACUGACUACACAUCACAGAAGUCUGAAAGACCAAAAGAUGUCACACUAACACAUGGGGCCACAAACAUUACAGAUGAUGAAACCGACUACACACCACAGAAGUCUGAAAGACCAAAAGAUGUCACACUAACACAUGGGGCCACAAACAUUACAGUCGAGAAAACCGACUACACAUCACAGAAGUCUGAAAGACCAAAAGAUGUCACACUAACACAUGGGGCCACAAACAUUACAGAUGAGGAAACUGACUACGCACCACAGAAGCCUGAAGGACCAAAAUAUGUCACACUAACACAUGGGGCCACAAACAUUACAGAUGAGGAAACUGACUACACAUCACAGAAGUCUGAAAGACCAAAAGAUGUCACACUAACACAUGGGGCCACAAACAUUACAGAUGAUGAAACCUACUACACACCACAGAAGUCUGAAAGACCAAAAGAUGUCACACUAACACAUGGGGCCACAAACAUUACAGUCGAGAAAACCGACUACACAUCACAGAAGUCUGAAAGACCAAAAGAUGUCACACUAACACAUGGGGCCACAAACAUUACAGAUGAGGAAACUGACUACGCACCACAGAAGCCUGAAGGACCAAAAUAUGUCACACUAACACAUGGGGCCACCAACAUUAGAGAUGAGGAAACCGACUACACAUCACAGAAGUCUGAAAGACCAAAAGAUGUCACACUAACACAUGGGGCCACAAACAUUACUGAUGAGGAAACCGACUACACAUCACAGAAGUCUGAAAGACCAAAAGAUGUCACACUAACACAUGGGGCCACAAACAUUAGAGAUGAGGAAACCGACUACACAUCACAGAAGUCUGAAAGACCAAAAGAUGUCACACUAACACAUGGGGCCACAAACAUUACAGAUGAGGAAACCGACUACACAUCACAGAAGUCUGAAAGACCAAAAUAUGUCACACUAACACAUGGGGCCACAAACAUUACAGAUGAUGAAACCGACUACACACCACAGAAGUCUGAAAGACCAAAAGAUGUCACACUAACACAUGGGGCCACAAACAUUACAGUCGAGAAAACCGACUACACAUCACAGAAGUCUGAAAGACCAAAAGAUGUCACACUAACACAUGGGGCCACAAACAUUACAGAUGAGGAAACUGACUACGCACCACAGAAGUCUGAAGGACCAAAAUAUGUCACACUAACACAUGGGGCCACCAACAUUCCAGAUGAGGAAACCGACUACACAUCACAGAAGUCUGAAAGACCAAAAGAUGUCACACUAACACAUGGGGCCACAAACAUUACAGAUGAUGAAACCGACUACACACCACAGAAGUCUGAAAGACCAAAAGAUGUCACACUAACACAUGGGGCCACAAACAUUGCAGUCGAGAAAACCGACUACACAUCACAGAAGUCUGAAAGACCAAAAGAUGUCACACGAACACAUGGGGCCACAAACAUUACAGAUGAGGAAACCGACUACACAUCACAGAAGUCUGAAAGACCAAAAGAUGUCACACUAACACAUGGGGCCACAAACAUUACAGAUGAGGAAACUGACUACACAUCACAGAAGUCUGAAAGACCAAAAGAUGUCACACUAACACAUGUGGCCACAAACAUUACAGAUGAUGAAACCGACUACACACCACAGAAGUCUGAAAGACCAAAAGAUGUCACACUAACACAUGGGGCCACAAACAUUGCAGUCGAGAAAACCGACUACACAUCACAGAAGUCUGAAAGGCCAAAAGAUGUCACACGAACACAUGGGGCCACAAACAUUACAGAUGAGGAAACCGACUACACAUCACAGAAGUCUGAAAGACCAAAAGAUGUCACACUAACACAUGGGGCCACAAACAUUGCAGUCGAGAAAACCGACUACACAUCACAGAAGUCUGAAAGACCAAAAGAUGUCACACGAACACAUGGGGCCACAAACAUUACAGAUGAGGAAACCGACUACACAUCACAGAAGUCUGAAAGACCAAAAGAUGUCACACGAACACAUGGGGCCACAAACAUUACAAAUGAGGAAACCGACUACACAUCACAGAAGUCUGAAAGACCAAAAGAUGUCACACUAACACAUGGGGCCACAAACAUUACAGAUGAGGAAACUGACUACACAUCACAGAAGUCUGAAAGACCAAAAGAUGUCUCACUAACACAUGAGGCCACAAACAUUACAAAUGAGGAAACCGACUACACAUCACAGAAGUCUGAAAGACCAAAAGAUGUCACACUAACACAUGGGGCCACAAACAUUACAGAUGAGGAAACUGACUACGCACCACAGAAGUCUGAAGGACCAAAAUAUGUCACACUAACACAUGGGGCCACCAACAUUAGAGAUGAGGAAACCGACUACACAUCACAGAAGUCUGAAAGACCAAAAGAUGUCACACUAACACAUGGGGCCACAAACAUUACAGAUGAGGAAACCGACUACACAUCACAGAAGUCUGAAAGACCAAAAGAUAAGUCUGAAGGACCAAAAGAUGUCACACGAACACAUGGGGCCACAAACAUUACAAAUGAGGAAACCGACUACACAUCACAGAAGUCUGAAAGACCAAAAGAUGUCACACGAACACAUGGGGCCACAAACAUUACAGAUGAGGAAACCGACUACACAUCACAGAAGUCUGAAAGACCAAAAGAUGUCACACUAACACAUGGGGCCACAAACAUUACAGAUGAGGAAACCGACUACACAUCACAGAAGUCUGAAAGACCAAAAGAUGUCACACUAACACAUGGGGCCACAAACAUUACAGAUGAGGAAACUGACUACACAUCACAGAAGUCUGAAAGACCAAAAGAUGUCACACUAACACAUGAGGCCACAAACUUUACAAAUGAGGAAACCGACUACACAUCACAGAAGUCUGAAAGACCAAAAGGUGUUACACUAACACAUGGGGCCACAAACAUUACAGAUGAGGAAACCGACUACACAUCACAGAAGUCUGAAAGACCAAAAGGUGUCACACUAACACAUGGGGCCACAAACAUUACAGAUGAUGAAACCGACUACACACCACAGAAGUCUGAAAGACCAAAAGAUGUCACACUAACACAUGGGGCCACAAACAUUACAGUCGAGAAAACCGACUACACAUCACAGAAGUCUGAGAGACCAAAAGAUGUCACACUAACACAUGGGGCCACAAACAUUACAGAUGAGGAAACUGACUACGCACCACAGAAGCCUGAAGGACCAAAAUAUGUCACACUAACACAUGGGGCCACCAACAUUAGAGAUGAGGAAACCGACUACACAUCACAGAAGUCUGAAAGACCAAAAGAUGUCACACUAACACAUGGGGCCACAAACAUUACAGAUGAGGAAACUGACUACGCACCACAGAAGUCUGAAGGACCAAAAUAUGUCACACUAACACAUGGGGCCACCAACAUUAGAGAUGAGGAAACCGACUACACAUCACAGAAGUCUGAAAGACCAAAAGAUGUCACACUAACACAUGGGGCCACAAACAUUACAGAUGAUGAAACCGACUACACACCACAGAAGUCUGAAACACCAAAAGAUGUCACACUAACACAUGGGGCCACAAACAUUACAGUCGAGAAAACCGACUACACAUCACAGAAGUCUGAAAGACCAAAAGAUGUCACACUAACACAUGGGGCCACAAACAUUACAGAUGAGGAAACUGGCUACGCACCACAGAAGUCUGAAGGACCAAAAUAUGUCACACUAACACAUGGGGCCACCAACAUUAGAGAUGAGGAAACCGACUACACAUCACAGAAGUCUGAAAGACCAAAAGAUGUUACAAUAACACAUGGGGCCACAAACAUUACAGAUGAGGAAACCGACUACACAUCACAGAAGUCUGAAUGA